CCGGAGGACAGGACGCGAGUGAACACUGGAGGGAAGCAUCUUCCGCUUCUAUGUUCACUUAUUACGUUAUAUGAACCUUCAUUAAAUUAAUCGUUUUGUUGUUUAACGAACAAUUUAAAUAUACAAUAAAUACCAAUAAUAGGACACAGCAGUGAAACAUCUAAACCGUGAGAUGAAAUGACAACGUCAACACUGCAGAAAGCGAUUGAGCUGGUCACUAAAGCCACAGAGGAGGACAAGGCCAAGAACUAUGAGGAGGCGCUGAGGCUCUACCAGCACGCUGUGGAGUACUUCCUGCACGCCAUCAAAUAUGAAGCGCACAGUGACAAGGCGAAGGAAAGCAUUCGUGGGAAGUGUGUGCAGUAUCUGGACAGAGCCGAGAAACUCAAGGACUACUUGAAGAACAAGGACAAACAGGGCAAGAAACCAGUGAAGGAAGCACAGAGCAAUGAGAAAAGUGACAGUGACAGUGAGGGAGAAAAUCCUGAAAAAAAGAAACUCCAGGAUCAUCUGAUGGGGGCGAUUGUGAUGGAGAAGCCCAAUGUGAGGUGGAGUGAUGUGGCCGGACUCGAGGGGGCAAAAGAAGCCCUGAAAGAGGCGGUCAUUCUGCCCAUCAAAUUCCCUCACCUGUUCACAGGCAAGCGCACUCCAUGGAGGGGCAUCCUUCUGUUCGGGCCCCCCGGCACAGGAAAGUCUUAUCUGGCCAAAGCUGUGGCCACCGAGGCCAAUAACUCCACCUUCUUCUCCGUGUCUUCCUCGGACCUGGUGUCGAAGUGGCUGGGCGAGAGUGAGAAACUGGUGAAGAAUCUGUUCGAUCUGGCUCGCCAGCACAAGCCCUCCAUCAUCUUCAUAGACGAGGUGGACUCUCUCUGUGGAUCCAGAAACGAGAACGAGAGCGAAGCCGCUCGCAGGAUCAAGACCGAGUUCCUGGUGCAGAUGCAGGGUGUUGGUAAUAACAGUGAUGGGAUAUUAGUUCUGGGUGCUACUAACAUUCCCUGGGUCCUUGAUGCUGCCAUACGCAGGAGGUUUGAGAAGCGCAUCUACAUCCCGCUCCCAGAGGAGCCGGCGAGAGCGACCAUGUUUCGCUUACAUCUGGGGAACACACCUCACAAUCUGACCGAGGCAGACCUGCGUCAGCUGGCCCGCAAGACAGACGGAUACUCCGGAGCCGAUAUCAGCAUCAUCGUGCGGGACGCUCUCAUGCAGCCGGUCAGGAAAGUGCAGUCCGCCACACACUUCAAAAAGGUGCGAGGGCCGUCUCGCAGUAACAGCUCGGUGGUGGUGGAUGACCUCCUGAUGCCGUGUUCCCCCGGUGACCCUGAUGCUAUAGAGAUGACCUGGAUGGAUGUCCCUGGUGACAAACUGCUGGAGCCCAUCGUGUGCAUGUCUGACAUGCUGCGCUCUCUGGCCACCACACGUCCCACCGUCAACACUGAAGACCUGCUGAAGGUGAGGAAGUUCACAGAGGAUUUUGGACAGGAGGGCUGAGCCACGACACACCGUUCAAUCCAAACAUCCAUUCGUAUGUAGCUGUCCCAACUCAACCAGGACGAUCUACUCUAAACUAACCCGCAGGAGCAUGUGGUCUAAUCUAGCAUCUCUAAUCGCCCAACACUACAUCACAUCCAGCAGUGUGGAAAAAGAGGAGAGCAUGAAGCUUGCUGUAAAUUGUUUUAUGUUUACAUAAUCAUAUUUGUUGAAGUAUUCAUUUUAUGAAGUUUUUUUUUUGUCUGUGUUCCCUUAAAGCUCUCAGCAAAGAUUUAUGUUAAUUUAUUUAAUUUAAUAGAGUUGUUUGGUUUGUUUUGAGCGCAGAUCACUUUAAGCUUCAACUUUUGUGUCCAGAUUUUCACCCAAGAAUUAAACUGGAAAAAGAAAAUCUGUUGUAUUUGGAAGGAAAUUGAAGCCUGUUUGGACAUAAUUAUUCAUACUGAUGAUUUUUAUGGCUACAUAUAGUAUUUGAGAUUUGCUUCAUGAUACAGUGUCACAAUGCAAAAAAUAGGCUUGAUGUUCUUUAAUCAUAUUUUUGGUUAAAAAAAUCAAGUCUGUUUAAUGACUUUUCAGAUUUGUUCGUAGAGGUAGAAUGUUUUCUGUGUAUUUUCCUUUGCCUGUGGGCUGAAAUAUGACCUGGUUAUGUGUUUGACACGCUCAGCCAUCAACAUUUCACCCAUUUAAAAACUGAUCAAGCAGAUGUGUUGUAAUAAUGAAGUGUUACAGACCAUUAGCUGUCAUUCAUUCUGAAGAAUAAUAACAUGUUGACCGAAUCUGAUAAAACAAAAUAACUUUUAAAAGAA